CCGUUCAGUUUACUUCAGUAUAGAAAACUUUUAUUCUCUUCGUAGUGUUGCGUUAUGGAUAACAUGUUCGUUCUUCCGCCGUAUUACUGUGUUAAUCGUUUUCAUUAAUUAAUGAGUGUUUGGUAAAAUUGCAUUUCAUUUGAUUCACUAAAGCGCUAACAGCAACAGCUACAAUAAUCAUACCGCGCCUAAUAAUAUUACAAAAAUAUCAUAAACAAAAUAAAAUUCUUGCUAAGUACAAAGCAAUUGUGAUCAAAAUAAAAAUUAAUUUAUUAAUUAAUUAAUUUCCCUUUAAGCAAAUAAAAAAUAUUGCAACCAAGUAUCAACUAAUUAAUAAAAAAUAUCGAAUUGAAUUAAUCCAACGUAUAUAUCAACCGAUAUCGGUUUAUUUAAAUAUAUAGAUUUAUAUAUGUAUAUAUAAAUACACAUAUGUGAACAUCUGUGUGUGCUAUUGCAUAUUUAUAAAUAACGAAAAUAUUUAAUAAUCAGCUUUCGUAUUUGAGAAAUUUAUUCGUAUCGCUAGAUUGGAUGAGAGUAUAAGUGUAAUAGUUAACGUGCGUUACAGAAUACAUAUGACGGAUGAGCUCUGCAGCUAGGUAGCACAACGGAAUAAAAUUGUUCUAAAAACUAACCAACAGGAUUGAAAUUUUAUUUCCCGCAUAUAAAAGACAUUCGUGGAAGAACUAGAAUUUCUUAAACAAAUGUCUCAGUACCUGCUCAUGGAUGGUGUCGGCCACAAUAACAACAGUGGUGAAGCUAGUAUCAGUAGCAGUAAUGCUUCCACCGCCAUUUUGCCUAGCCUGUCCACCUCCCGAUCAUUAAGUAAUGGCGCUUCGUAUUGCGAUGAUACGUUAUACGCUAUUCAUGAUGAAAUAUCAAAUUUAAAUUUGAGUAUUAACAAAAUUUUCGGCGAAUUACAGCAAUUUCGUACCGAAUAUGAAGCUUUCCAUGUCGCUUACAACGCCCACAAUCAACACACAGCCCUUACAGGGUCGCAUAAUGACGACUUGGAAAUGCAACAGCGGUACAUGUCAGUGAGUAGCAAACGCAAUACCAUGUUACACGACUUGCGCGCUAUUAUUCUAAAGUACGAUUCAAUGCAAAGUACGGUAAUUAUUGAACUGAGAAAUUGGCAGCGCAACCAGGCGUUAGCCGCUAAUGGAGCAAUGUUUCGAGAUAAUCUUGAUGAUAUACAGCGUUGCAUUGAACUGUUGAUAGAAAUGAUUGGAAAAAUUCUUGACAUUGUCAAUAUGCUGCAAACAAUGCCACUUGAUACUAACAAUGGUUUAAGCGAAUUGACCGCCCAUGCCCGAAAUGCGCAGCAAUUAUUAAUAUUGUCGUCAUUUAUUGUGGAAAAGCAGCCACCGCAAGUUAUGAAAAAGAAGACUAAAUUUGUGGCUGCCGUGCGUUGGCUGAUUGGACCUCAACUGGGUAUUAGUGCUAAUUCACCUUCUGUAGAGUGCAUUAUAAUGUCAGAGUCCCAGGCUCAACGGCAUUCCGCGCAACGUAAUAUGUCUGAAGUAACAGCCCCUAACCUUUCUACUAGUGGCGAUCUAGAGAAUAAUACCACCGUCAUGGAUUAUGAUAAUCAGACACGCAUAUUCUCCGGCACUUUUAGAACUCUUCAAUUGUGGGAUAUUAAGAGGCCUGAAAGAAAAGGUAGUGAAAGCGUAACGGACGAAAAAUUUACCUUACUCUUCCAUACUUCUGCAAUAGUUAACGAUUAUAGAAUAAAGGUUUGGACCCUAUCGUUGCCGGUGGUCGUAACAGUACACGGAACUCAAGAACCGCAAGCUUGGGCCACUAUUACUUGGGAUAAUGCAUUUUCCAAUAUCGUGCGCGAACCUUUUCAAGUACCUGAACGUGUUGUUUGGUCUCAGAUAGCGUUGGCUUUAAAUACUAAAUUUGAAUCAAUCACCGGUCGGCCUCUAACUGAUGAUAAUUUAAAUUUUAUUUAUGAAAAGCUUUUCCCGUUAAAAAAUGCGGGAGGAGAGCACAAGGAAUAUGUAACAUGGGCACAAUUUUGUAAAGAAAAAUUACCGGAGCGAUCUUUCACAUUCUGGGAAUGGUUUUUUGCUAUUAUGAAGUUAACUAAGGAGCAUUGUCAAAGCAUUUGGAAGGCUGGUUCAAUAGUGGGCUUUAUAAGCAAGCUUAAAGCUGACGAGAUUUUACGCCAAUCACCCAUGGGUACAUUUUUAUUGAGAUUCUCUGACAGUGAGCUUGGCGGCAUCACCUUAGCUUUAACUAAUGAACAGAAUUCGGUAUUAAUGUUGUCACCAUGGACACCUCGUGAUCUGAGUAUUCGAGGUUUAGCUGAUCGCAUACAUGACAUACCCUUAUUAUUACGAGUUUACCCUUCUAAUCGCUCACGCGACGAUGCUUUCGGUGAAUUUUAUACCCAACGUCCGAAUAAUACUAUAAGUGCAGAUGGUUACGUUUCAAACACUAUCAUAGCUUUUGUACCAGCUAUAGAAAGUGCAAUGGGUACAGUUGGGCCACAAUACGAAAUACAGUCAAGUCAGCGACAGGAUGUCCAUAUGGUCAACAUUGCACAAAAUGAUGUAAGCCCAGUUGAUGACUACAAUGGAGCUAACCUAACCUUUUCGGACCUCGACUGGGGAAACUAUUAAAUUCUGUAUGUUGAGCCAAGUGACUGCGAGACAAAGGAUGGAAAAGCAUUAGGACAAAGUACCUGUUCGUCAAUUAACUUACCCCAGCGGUUGUCAAUUAACUUCAUUCAUUGGUGCAAUAGAUUAAUUAAUAUAUUCUAUGCUUGCAACCAAGUGAUUGCGGAAAUUUGAUUUCAAAAGCAUGUCUUCAAAUAUUACAUGAAUCUAAACGAACGUAGCCAUGUUAAGGAAUUGAUCUCUAUUUUCUUGAAACCGGUAUUAACAUGUAAAAAAUUUGAUUGUUAAAUGAGUUUUUUUUAAAUACUUUUUAUUGCUUUAACUAAAAAGAAUGCAAUUAAAUGAAAUAAUUUUAAGUAUAUAACACAUUUCUUUCAACAAAUCGAAUUAAUAUUUAACGAAUGUUAAGAAGUUAGUGCAAUUUUAUAUAACAAAAUUCGAAUAAUGCUUUAGAUAAAAGAUGUUAAUCAUUCAAUUAAAGUUUAACACUUAUGUUGAUGAGUUGUUACAGUUAGUGAUGCUUUCGUUCAUAGGUUUUCCUUUUAGAGAGUUCAGGUGAUUUUAGUUAUGCUUUUAACAUUGUAAUUUAAUUGCCUUGGCACAUAAUAAUUCACAAGUCCUUAUACAUUUCAUUAUUUUAUUGGUAGAUUCAACAUGUGACGUAAUCUUUCUUUAAUAUUUCUUAUAAAAAUCUUUGA